AUGAACUACGACCCCAUCCACGACACUUACCUAGGGGGUGCCAACCAGUCGUCUCCGAAACUGGCCCCGUCGGUGCCAACUCCAACACUGGUGCCACCACCAGCAUCGGUACCCCCGCCACCCCACGCUCUUCAACCACCUCGCCAAGUGUUGCCACUGGUGCAAGCGUUUCUGAACCUGCCCACCGCUUCUUACCCUUACGCCAAUGGCUCACUGGGUAUAGCGCCCCCACCCCAUAUGUUGUACAACCCUGGCCAGCCCCAACUGGCGAUGCCAUUUGUUUACCAGCAAAUGGUGCCGGGCCAACCACUUCAACAGGUACCUCCUCAACCAGGUACAGCCCCGCCACAACAGCGGAUGAUUUAUGACCUGGCUCGAGGGUCAAAAUCUCAACAGCGACGUCAGCUGCUGGAGCUGGAGGACCAAGGCGAAAUGCUGCCCUCAAUGGCGAAUCUGGGGGAAAUUAGCCACUCACCACUGGCGGUUGAUGACGAUGAUGAAGAUCGCCGGAAGCGUCGCAAAUACAGCAAUACAACUAUCCCCAAAUCGCGUCAUUUGAAAAAGCUGGACGGCGAGCCUUUUUGGCGUCGAGACAUACAAUACGAUUUUUUGUACAAUCUAUUCCAAGAUGACACCAAAUGUUUCACCAACUACUUUGAUAUGCUGGACGUUCCGGGCAUCAAUAACGGCGACAAGCUCCUGUUUAGCGAGCUUUACAUUCGUACUAUUGCCGAACUGUCAAAGUGCCUGAGAGUGCUCAAAGAGCGUCUUUUACGCGACCAUGCGAUGGGUAUGCUGGUAGCUAUGGUAACUCUCUUAGUUAAUGCUGGUCGCAUGAAUACUACCAUAAACUUUGUUCCUGAAAUGCGCCUGUCAUUGCGCACGUUUCACCUGAUACCAUGUUUACAAGCUGAUCCUUCAGGAGGGAAUGCCACUACACCACUUCAAGACACGCCUCGGUUGAAGCUGAUCUUGAAAGCCGUAUGUCAGGUUGAUAGGCCGUCGCCCGCGCGCGACUUGCGUGAAUUAAUUGCACUGCCUCGUGGAGAAAAGCCGAAUGUAAAUGUGUUUCACCUUGUUUUCAUGUUGUCGCAGUUCAUUGGAGUAAUCCCGUUUUAUGAUGACGACCAAAGCCAACCUCCUCCCUAUAACGACUUUAUUGACUUCUUUCUCAACCCAUUGAUCCAUCCAGCAAACCGCGCGCGGCGUUUCCUUUGGCUAAUGUAUACCUACAUGGAAACUAACUUUACUCCUGAAGACAUGGCUCGGAAUCCAUUUGGCGGUGCCGUCAUUCCCCCAAGAAAAAUCAUUCUGCAAACUGAGGCAGUGAAAUUUGACGUUGAUACCCCCGCAGAGAUCGCCUACUCUCAACAAAUGUAUCAAAUGAGAGUUCACUAUGUGAACGAAGAUGAAUCUAAUGUACCGGUGGCAAGAAGAUCGCUGAAGCUGUAUUUCAAGCCCCUUUCUAAUUUGACCGAGAAAAAAGAUGAUGAUGCCAUCAACGACGAGGUAUUGGCGGUCGCGACUUCGGCCAUGGCUGCCGCAGAUAAUGUAAACGAGCAGACCGUGCCAAUUCUUUCUGAGCCCGCUUCGACUCAAUCUAAGGAUGUCCUUACCCUGCUGCAUCGUAGUGGAACACUGACCCUCGAUCCUGAGGUCACGAGUACGGAAGAUAUUCCUGUUUCUGAACAGGAUGUGCAUGACGCAGAAGAAUUUCCACCGUCAGAGCUUGACCAUGCAGAGGCAGAUUUGUUGAAUGAAGAUGACGACGCUGAAUUUGCCAACGCCCCAGACCCAGAUUUUGAAGCCGAAGACGCUAUUCCUCACUCACUGCCGGUUAUACCACCCGAAGAAGAAGUGCCAAUUGAUCCGGUGAUCCCAAGGAGAAAGCCCGUCAAACGUAAGCAGACUAAAGACAAGAGUGUAAAUGACAAGACUCAACCCGAGAACCUUGAGCAGCAAAUGGGACCUCAUUAUUCCUUACUUUCGGCAUAUCCAGAGGCAUGGGAGGAUCUCCAACACUUCUUGACUCAUCAGAUGGAAGCAUUCGGCAAUCUUCUUCCUGUACCCACAGGCAUUGAGGAUCAGUAUUCCUCAGUCCCUCAAAUUGGUGAUAUCAAUGAAGACGCGCUACUAACAUCGGGUCAGCAUCGUGAGCUUAUUACCCUGACGAAGCCCUUCAUCAAAGAGGUGCGCACAUCGUCUAAAGCAUCAACUGCGUCCUUCAAUAAGAAAACCACUAUUUUGGGGGCAUGGAUCUACCGCUAUUUCAAAUACAAGCGUUCGAUUGGUAACAUGUUUCUCGGAAUCGAAUGGGAAGACAUUCGUUAUGACCUCGUUCAUGGAAUUGAGGAUGUAUUGAACUCCCAAUUUGGUAAGCAGCUUCAUGUACCUCCUGUUAAGGCAGCCGAACUCAAGACCCAUGAAGAGGACCACAUUGUUCCACAGCGUGAUUAUGAUCGCAUAAGUGAACGAGACAUGUUUGUGCUUCAACUUGUCACUCAUAUAAACGACUGGUUGACGAAAGAAUCAACAAAGAUAACUCAACCAAACCUGAUUCAAUUCGAUUUCGAAACGUCAAAGGUGAAGUUCGCGUGA